AAAAGGUAUUUUAAUUGAAAAUAAAAUGUGGUGGGUUUUUAUUUUAUUGAGUUUAAUCAGUCUCGGAGAUGCAGGUGAUAUGCAUCGAAGAAGAAAUAUUAAACCAACCACAAAAAUCAACGAAGAAGAAUUAACUUCAGAGUAUUGGAAAAAUCAAGCGCAAAGUUUCCUUGAUAUGAAAUACAGCACAAAAAUUAAUACGAAUCACGCAAAGAACAUAAUCUUCUUUUUGGGGGACGGAAUGUCCAUCCCAACGUUAAAAGCGGCGCGAAUCUAUUACGGCCAACAAAUAUUAAAAGCCGAAAAGGAAGAGGCGCCUCUAUAUUUCGAACAAUUCCCAUAUUCGGGAUUAUCGAGGACUUAUUGCAUUAACACCCAAGUCCCCGAUUCAGCCUGCACAGCAACCGCAUAUCUUUGCGGAGUUAAAGCCAAUUACGACACGGCCGGAGUUACAGGCUCCGUUGAUUUAGGAAAUUGCACGGCGAGUUUAGACGAAAAGAAUCGCAUCGAUUCAAUCGCAAGAUGGUUCCAAUUGGAUGGCAAAAAAAGUGGGUUAGUUACAACGGCGAGGGUUACUCAUGCAACACCUUCAGCGAUUUAUGCCCACACCGCGCAUCGAAAUUGGGAAUGCGACGUUCCCGAAUACAUCGAAGAAACCGAACCGAUGCCUGAAGAUUGCCAAGACAUAGCGGUCCAAUUAAUUCAAUCCGAAACCGGUAAAAAUUUAAACGUAAUUAUGGGGGGUGGGAGACAAAUGUUUUUCCCCGAAACCGAAACAGGCCCUGAAGACGACGCAGGAAAACGAAAAGACGGCAAAAAUUUAAUUAACGAAUGGUUAGAACAAAAAGAAAAAGAUGGUUUUAACGAAACGUCAAAAUAUAUUUGGAACAAAUCCGAAUUAAAAUCGUUACCCGAUGAUACCGAUUACGUUUUGGGGUUAUUUGAAAGCUCCCACUGCGCGUAUCAUUUAGACGCAAACGAUGAGGAUCCUUCGUUGGAAGAAAUGACGGAAGCUGCAAUUAACAUUUUAAAAAAAGACGAUAAAGGUUUCUUUUUGUUGGUGGAAGGUGGCAGAAUCGAUCACGCCCAUCAUAAUAAUUUAGCGAGGAAAGCGCUAGAUGAAACCGUCGAAUUCGCCAAAGCGAUUCAAAAAGCGAAAGAAAUAACCGACGAAGAAGAUACUUUGAUUGUAGUAACCGCGGAUCACGCCCAUGUUUUCACCGUUAACGGGUACCCAUCGCGAGGAAACAACAUUUUUGGAAUUGCUGAUACAGCCGAUGAUAAUAAGGGAUAUACAACUUUGAGUUAUGCGAAUGGGCCGGGUUAUAGGGGUUACGGCGAAGAUGGGCGACCGGAAUACACAGAGGAAGAAUUAAGUGGAAAGGACGCGCCUUUUCCUGCGAUGGUUCCUUUAGAUUCUGAGACUCAUGGAGGUGAUGAUGUCGCAAUUUUUGCUACAGGCCCUUGGGCGCAUCUUUUUACGGGCUCAGUUGAACAAAAUUAUAUUCCCCACGCGAUGGCUUUCGCAGCUUGUGUUGGAGAUGGUGACACAAUGUGUUUACGUGGAUCUGGUAGUCACCAUUCAGCGUUAUCUCUAAGUAUCUAUGCGCUUUUAACAAUACUUUAUUACUUGUAUUGCAAAUGAUUGUGAUUUUAAAUAAAAAAUAAUUUAUGAAUUA